GGUGGCCCCAUUAGUGGUCUUGGUGGUCUUGGUGGUGGUCCUGAUGGCCCCAUUGGUGUGUUGGUGGUCUUGGUGGUGGUCCUGGUGGCCUCAGUGGUGGUGGUGGUGGCCCCAGUGGUGAUGGUUGGUGGCCCCGGUGGUGGUUGCUGGGUCCUGGUGGUGGCCCCAUUGGUGGUGUCGGUGGUCCUGGUGGCUGCAGUGGUGGUGGUGGUGGUCCCGGUGGUGGUCCUGGUGGUGCCGGGUGGUGGCGUUACGGGCGCGGGCACAGAGCUGCGGCGGUUGCGUUUCCGCCAGUUCCGCUACCAGGAGGCUUCGGGCCCUCGCGACGUCUGCCGGCGGCUGCGGGAGCUGUCGCGGCGGUGGCUCCGUCCCGAGCUGAGGAGCAAAGAGCAGAUCAUGGAGCUCCUGGUGCUCGAGCAGUUCCUCAGCAUUCUGCCCGAGGAGAUCCAGAGUUGGGUGUGGGUCCGACACCCCGAGUCCUGCGCCCAAGCCGUCGCCUUGGCCGAGAGCUUCCAGGUGGGUCCCGGAGGUCCUGACGGCGCCUGGGAGCAGCAGGUGACCGUGCGGGUCAAGGUGGAGGAGGAGGUGACCGCAGGGGAUGUGGAGGAACCCCAAGUGGUGGAUGACCCAUGGAGCUCCUCAUCGGAGUCAUCCCAACUCCUCCCAGGGGAUGAGGUGGCCCGGGCCGAGGCCAAGGUCAUCCCAGAGGAAGAGGAACGGUGCCUUCAAGAAGGAGGUGCUGCGAUGGAGGACAGAGACCUCAUCCAAAGCCGAGGGGUGGUGGAGCUGCGGGAGGCGGUGGGGUUCUCCUGGAGAUGGUCCCCCUGUGGGCCGUCCCCCCGCUUGGGCUCCUCUGCUGCGGUGGCCUCACCGUCACCGCUGUCCCGCGUUGGUCUGGUGGCCAUCGUGGAUGGAGUCGGGGUUUCGGCGGCGGCAGCCGAUCCAUUGCUGGAGGAGCUCUGGUGGCAUCACCAGAAGAGCGGUGAUGCAUCACCAUGGCCUCACGGAGCACCUUCUCCUCUCCCCUCCCGCAGAUCGCGCCGCCGCGAGCCGAGACCCCACCUGGCAAAGCCCCUCCCACCCUUCCGGCACCUUCCGCGAUGUCCGACCCUCCGGUGGACCCCCACGCCCGCAGAAGGCCCCACCACCACCACCGCCUCCCUCAAGGCCCCCCAGCGCGGCGAUGGCCGCCGAGGAGCCCCCGGUGGAAGCGCCGCCGCCGCCGCCGCCGCGCGGGUGGGACCGUCCGUACCGUUGCGUCGAGUGCGGCAAAGGCUUCGCGCGUUCGUCCCACCUGAAGAGCACCAACGGACGCACAGCGGCGCGAGGCCCUACGGCUGCGGCGCCUGCGGGAAGAGCUUCGGCCAUUUGUCCACCCUCACCACCCACCGGCGGCUCCACACGGGCGAACGGCCCUACGGCUGCGGCGCCUGCGCCAAGAGCUUCACCAACCCUUCGGACCUCGCCAAGCACCGGCGGGCGCACACGGGCGAACGGCCGUACCCGUGCGGCGCCUGCGGCAAACGCUUCAGCCAACGCUCCAACCUCGCCGUGCACCGAAGGGCCCACGGGCAGGAGAGGCCCUUCCCCUGCGGCGCCUGCGCCAAGAGCUUCAAGUACGCGGCAGACCUGGCGGUCCACCAGAGGUCCCACACGGGCGAGAGGCCCUUCCCGUGCCCUCAGUGCGGGAAGAGCUUCAGCAAUAAGUCCUCCCUCGCCCGGCACGCGCGGAUCCACGCCCGGGAGGCCCCCAGGGAGAAGGGAGGAGGAGGAGGGCGUCAGCGCUGAAGGUGGGGAUGGAGAUCCACC